AUGAUUAAUGUUUAUGAAAUUUAUGUGAAGACUUUUUGUCAGGCUUGCAAAAAAAAAUGUAGCGGUGAGGUAUUACGAGUGCAGGACAAAUACUUUCAUAUCGGAUGUUUCAAAUGUGCCCAAUGUAAUAUCAGUUUAGCACAAGGAGGCUUUUUUCCUCGUGAAGGUGCAUAUUACUGCACAAAGGAUUAUCGACAAAGAUGGGGAACCAAAUGUGCUGGAUGUAGACAGUACGUUGAGGGUGAUGUCGUUACUGCCGGCGAUAAACAUGCAUUUCAUCCAAAUUGUUUUCAUUGUCAAAGAUGUAGACAGCCCCUGCUUGGACAAGGAACUAAAGUGACUUUAGUUCAAAGUCAAGCAUUAUGUUACCGGUGUGUGAGCAUACCUGUAAGAGAAGCCACAAUGCCUAUAGAUUGCUGUAGUACCAAUGAAGGUGUUAGUGAUUCAGUUGAUGGCUCGGGAAGUCAAGAUCCUGCCGAAUGUGCAGGUUGUAGGCAACAGCUACGCGAAGGCCAAGCUCUGGUAGCACUUGACAGACAAUGGCACGUUUGGUGCUUUAAGUGCCACAGCUGUGAUAUUGUUCUUCAUGGCGAGUACAUGGGAAAAAAUGGGGUGCCCUAUUGUGAGAAAGAUUAUCAAAAACAAUUUGGUGUUAAGUGUGCCUACUGUAAUCGUUACAUAAGUGGCAAGGUACUGCAAGCUGGUGAAAACCAUCAUUUUCACCCAACGUGUGCUCGUUGUACGAAGUGUGGUGAUCCAUUCGGAGAUGGAGAGGAGAUGUUUUUACAAGGAGCAGCGAUAUGGCACCCACGUUGCGGGCCUGGACCUGUAGGAGUGAAUGGUAUGGUUAAUGGACAUUCCGAAAAUCAUACUCCUCAACAUCGUGGCGUCGGUGGAGGUGAAUCCGAACAUAUAUCCAGCAGUGCAUCAGAAAUGCAGUUUUCAUUGCGGUCUCGUACUCCAAGUUUGAAUGGAUCCUUAUGCAGCCCUUAUAGCAGUUUAAAUCGCAAGUAUUAUCCAGUAAGAACCGGAAGUCCAGGACUAAUUUUGAGAGAGUAUAUUCGCGGGGGACAUGAAAAUGUUUCAAGAAUUUACACGUAUUCAUAUUUAACUGAAACACCGAGUCAGGGAUACUUAAAGCGACCGAUUCAACCGUACGAUAAGCCACCCACUAGUCCACAUUUUCAUAGACCAAGUUCAUCACGUUCGAUAAGAAGCAGCGGCGGACGUAGCAGUCGUUCAGGCAUGCGAGCUUUGGUCGAUGCACUUACUGAAAUGAGGCCAAAAUCACCUGCGGCUGAUUGUCAGAUCGAUAACGAAGAGCCAAUCGAACUUGCACAUUAUCCAGAUGCAAUGAAGCCUCCGCCAGGAAUGCAGUUACCGAUCGAAAGAGACGAUUUUCCCGCUCCACCUUAUCCAUAUACAGAUCCCGAAAGACGUAGGCGAUGGUCCGAUACCUAUAAGGGUAUGCCAGAUUCAGAUGAUGAAAAUGAGGUUAAUAAAAAAUCUAUCAAAGAAGUGGAAGAAAAAUUGCAGAAAGAGCAAGACGAAUUAAGUAAAAUAGAUACAGGUAUUGCAAAAGUGUUUCUUCAAGAUCGUGAAAAAGAUCGGGAAAAUCUCAGACAUAGAGCAGCCAUUGUUGAUCCUAGAAAUGCUUCUAGAACUCCAUCUGCUAAUCGUGAACCAGCUUACAGGCUACGUUAUGAAAGUCCUAUUGGUGCCUCGCCAUCGAGAAAUAUUGACCACGCAAGGCCUUGGGAAGAAGAAGAUGGAAUAAGUUACAAAUCAAGCGUAGGACCGAGCUAUAACGUUGUGAGCUCACUACGAUACAUCCCAAAGCCGGGAUACGGUCUUGCACCCCGAAGUCAUACUUUCUCUUCAACGGGUGGUUCUAUUUCUGCCCUGCCUGGAGACUACUCAUUUAGUGGAAUGGGUGACAAAACACACAGUACCGACUUUUCAUCAGGAAAAUCAGAUAUAUCAACAGGCAGCAUAACGGAUGUAGAUCGACGGGCACUGAAUGAUGGUGGAAUAUUGCCAUCUUCAACGACGUAUACUGGCGGUCUGGAGUCAGCGAUUGUUGGGCAUGGACAACAUGUGAGGCGUUCACUACCAGACAUGGGCGCAGCUCCAACUGAACCACCGAAACUUUAUCCCUAUCACUUGCUCAUUAUUACGAACUAUAGAUUGCCAGCUGAUGUCGAUCGCUGCAAUCUCGAGCGCCAUUUAUCUGACACAGAAUUUGAAGCUGUUCUUCACUGCACACGAACCGAUUUUUACAGACUUCCUCAAUGGCGUCGUAACGAUAUAAAGAGACGUGCUCGAUUAUUCUAAAUAAAAAAAUAAUUGAAAAAAUCUUUCUAAAAGAAAGAAAAAAUAUGUCGCCGUUAUCGUUAUCUUCCGUGUAAAUUAUUGUCAUCGUUGUUUACUUUUUAUUUGGUUUUUAUUAUAUCUUACGACUGUGCUACUUCGCACUAUUAUGUAUCUACUCCCGA